GACCGACUCCGGAUGAUCAGCCAUGGGGGAGUGGACCAUCCUGGAGCGGCUCCUGGAGGCGGCGGUCCAGCAGCACUCCACCAUGAUCGGCAGGAUCCUGCUGACCGUGGUGGUGAUCUUCAGGAUCCUGAUCGUGGCCAUCGUUGGAGAGACCGUGUAUAACGAUGAACAGUCAAUGUUCGUGUGUAACACCCUACAGCCCGGCUGUAACCAGGCCUGCUAUGACCAGGCCUUCCCCAUCUCCCACAUCAGGUACUGGGUGUUCCAGAUCAUCAUGGUGUGCUGCCCCUCCCUCUGCUUCAUCACAUACUCUGUCCACCAGUCCGCCAAGAACAAGGAGCGCCGAUUCUCCACUGCCUUCCUGACCCUUGACAAAGACCUGGACCCAAAGAGGAAUGACAAGAAGAUCAAGAACACCAUCGUGAAUGGAGUUCUGCAGAACACCGAGAACUCCACCAAGGAGGCAGAGCCCGACUGCCUGGAGGUCAAAGACAUCCCAAACCUUCCCCUCAGGACCACAAAGUCUAAGAUGAGAAGACAGGAGGGCAUCUCCAGGUUCUACAUCAUCCAGGUGGUAUUCAGGAACGCCCUGGAGAUUGGGUUCCUGGUGGGUCAGUACUUCCUGUAUGGGUUUAACGUGCCAGCAGUGUACGAGUGCGAUCGAUACCCGUGCAUUAAAGACGUGGAGUGUUAUGUUUCCAGACCCACGGAGAAGACCGUGUUCCUGGUCUUCAUGUUUGCCGUCAGCGGGAUCUGCGUGGUCUUCAACCUGGCCGAGCUGAACCACCUGGGCUGGAGGAAGAUAAAGGCGGCCGUGAGAGGUGUGCAGGCUCGCAGGAAAUCCAUCUAUGAGAUCAGGAACAAGGACCUGCCCAGGAUGAGCAUGCCGAGCUUUGCACGCACGCAGUCCAGUGACUCUGCCUACGUCUGAGACUUGGUUCAGACACAUCCAUGGUGACUCUCUGAACACUCGUCAAAUACAUUCCUCUUUUUGUAUCUUCAGGUGCAGCCGGCAGCAGUUUAGAGACACGAUAAAGGAUCUCUGUGCUAGGACUUUCUUUUCUGUGUCUUCUAGACUUUGUUUACAGUCCGUCUGCAGCUCGAGACACAAGAUGGACUUAAGAGAAGCAUCUACAGGUUGGAUUGUUUUUUUAAAUCAAAUUGUUAUCUGCCUUAAAAUGCAGAUUUCUGUUUAUACAGAUCGAUAAGAAGCUGUAGAACACUUCAGUCUGCAAACAGACAGUGUACGAUCAAACAUGAUGAUAUCUGAGAUCAUAAACAGCAACCAGAACACCUCAACAAAAGGUCUUCUGUUCAUAGACUGGUCCCUGAAGACUGGACUGUUUCGACGCUGCACACCCUGACAUGCUCAGUCCACCAAGAUGUUAAUGUAUUACUUAUUAUGGAGAAAAAAAAAGAGGAGCACACAAAGAUUUGUCUUAUUAAUGAGGACCAAACUCAAGAGGACCAUCCAUGUGUGAUGAACAUGUGAUGGUUACACAGUGUGUUGUCGGGACUGGUGUCUGUGGUUUUAGACUUGGUAUCAGCGAGUCCAGGUCUGAGGCUGGAGAUCAUUGGAGGUCUUAGCUCUGUGCAGACCAGCUGAGAAAGUGAUCCCUGUAUUCAGACAGCAGCCGUCCUCCUCUGACUUUACGCUCAAUAUGAAAUAUUCAGACACUGUUCUGAUGUCGUGCUGUGUUCAAGGACUGAAAAUGGGAAGAGAAUCUGAUUAAUCAUGAUCAAUAUUAAAAGUCUGAAGGAACAUCAGAUCACAUAUCAUUUAUAUUUCCCUAACUUUUCGGCCCAAACUCAUAAAGAAGACAACAUCUCAGCAUGUAUGACUAAUUGGCUAGCGGUCUCUUAGAAGUCUUUAUGUCCCUCCAGAUUUCUCUUUCUCCUCUAAAGGGAAACUUUUGGAGUGUGGUUGCAUUACAAGUUAGGUGCAUUGCCCACAGAGGGCCUCGGUCAGUUCGGCCACCUUGUUUUUAGGCUAACUAGGCUAGCUUCCAUAGUAGGGAUGUAAAUUUCAAGUGUUUUCCGUGAUC